AGCUACCAUCUCUAGCUUCUUUAAAAAAUUUGGAAAAGCCGGGAAAUCAGUUCAAUUUGUCGACCGUCAAUUCAAUUGCUUUUUGACCGCCUGUCCCGACACAACCGAGUUUCGGAAACCAAGAAAUAGAAGCGUCGGUGCCCAGAAGUGAUAAGUCCGUGCGAGUGUAACCAAACGAGGAAGUCUAUUCCAAUUUCACCGCUCCGUGACGCAAAAUGUUGUAGAAAUUGAAAGUCAAAUGAAUUCUGUUUGUGUGUGUUGAGUGUAAUUUAAAGUCGGCCCGCCUGCCUGCCUGCCAGCCUGCCAUCCAGCAGCGUCAGUUUUGAUGAUAAAAUUUGCCUGAGCCAAUGUGUGUGUAUUGAGCCUUCGAGUGUGUGUUGGUGCGAGCGUCGCGAGCAUAAGAAGAAAGCGGAGAAGCCAGCGAAGACGCUCAAACAACGAACGAGCACAAAGAGAAGAGCGCAAGCGCACCGAAUCUUGUCCAUUUUUAAAGGAAAAAGAGUUAAGGAUCUCUGGCCAAUAUGUCGCACUUCCAGAUCCAUCACGAUAACAAGGAGAAUCCCGGAAUGGCUGGGGUACCGGGAGCCCUUAAGACGGCCAAACAGCCCCUGGCUGUUAUCGGUGGCGCCAAGGAGAAGCUUCCGCUAGCGCCCCGUGCCAACUUUGCUGUUCUCAACGCCAACAACAACAGCAACCACAACGCUAAUGUGCCGCGUCCGUCCGGCAAAGUGGUCUUCCGUGACGUCCAGAACUUCAAUUCGAAUUCGAAUUCGAACGAAAAUGUGGAUGUGCCGAAGAAAUCGAAUGUGGUGGUGCCGGUGGUGGAGCAGUUCAAGACCUUCUCCGUCUACGAGGACAACUGCGACACCCAGGUGAUUCCUCCAGGCCAGUCCUUGCCAUCCGUAUUCGAGAGGGAGAACCAUGGGCAGCAAGAUCUGUGCUUUGAUGCCACGCCCAUGUCGGUCACGGAUGUCCUGUCGCCCAUGUCCGUGGAUCGUUCGAUCAUCGAGGUGGUCAACAUCAGUGGUGACUGCGGUGCCCUAGGCGUCGAACCCAACAAGGUGAAGGAGUUGCCGCCCCGCAACGAUCGUCAGCGGUUCUUCGAGGUGGUCCAGUACCAGAUGGACAUCCUGGAUAACUUCCGGGAGAGUGAGAAGAAACAUCGCCCGAAGCCGCAUUAUAUGCGCAGGCAGAAGGACAUCAAUCACUCGAUGCGCUCCAUCCUGAUCGACUGGCUGGUGGAGGUGUCCGAGGAGUACAAACUGGACACGGAGACGCUUUAUCUCUCCGUCUCCUAUUUGGAUCGCUUCCUCAGCCACAUGGCAGUGGUGCGCAAUAAGCUGCAGCUGGUGGGCACAGCAGCCAUGUACAUUGCCUCGAAAUACGAGGAGAUCUACCCACCAGAUGUGGGGGAGUUUGUCUUCCUCACCGAUGACAGCUACACGAAGGCCCAGGUGCUGCGCAUGGAGCAGGUCAUCCUGAAGAUCCUCUCGUUCGAUCUGUGCACACCCACAGCCUAUGUGUUCAUCAACACCUAUGCGGUGAUGUGCGAGAUGCCGGAACGACUAAAGUACCUGACGCUGUACAUUUCUGAACUGUCUCUGAUGGAGGGCGAUACCUAUUUGCAAUAUUUGCCAUCUAUUAUGUCGUCUGCUUCGCUCGCAUUGGCGCGUCAUAUUCUGGGCAUGGAGAUGUGGACGCCGCAGCUGGAGGAGAUCACCACCUACAAGGUGGAGGACCUGAAAACGGUGGUCCUCCAACUGACCCAAACCCACAAACUGGCCGAGGAGUCCAACACACAGGCCAUGCGGGAAAAGUACAAUAGAGAGAAGUACAAGAAGGUAGCUUCGAUCCAACCAAUCGAGCUAACCAUGGAGGCAUUUGACCAACUGUGUCAAGUGAUGAGACAAGGCCAAGCAUGAUGAGACAAACGCAAGCAGAAUAUCACCUCGAAAUCGGAUGUGAAUUUGUUUUAUAAGUUUUAAGUGUUUUGCGCCUCUGCCAUGCUCAAAUUUUAUUUUAGUUUAGUGUUUUUUCCAUGUAACAUUUUUUGUAGUAAGCUCUAGUUGUACGCAAAAUAAGGAAUCGCAGUUUGUUUCCACAACAAUAUCAUAUCAUAUCAUAUCAUAUCAUAUGUAUGAGAUGAGAAUGUCUGCUUACAAUUGGCAAGCUCCCGUUAAAAUAAUACAAGUACUGGACAAUUUUAUAUGAAUACCAUAUAAAAGAUAGAUGCCAUUUAAGUACGCACACCCCACCAGCUGUCCACGGCCAGAGCUUGCCACGCCAAGCGUGUGAAGUGGAAACUGCGGCAGUUUAUUUUUUAAAACUAACUAACAAUGCUAUACGGAGGACAACCGUCAUACUGGCACCAUUAACCGUCAAACAGGCUACUUAUAAUUUUGUAUUUUACGUUACACGUUCAAUUAAUCAAUUCGUUCGAUAAAUGUAAUUUUAUGUAUUUAUAAAUUGAAUCACAUAUGGAUGUAUACAAUGUGUCUUUAGCAGGAGCAUCUAUGUAGCAAGAUUAUUUUACCAUAAAUAUUUAUACUAUACUAUUACUAACCUAACUGUUAGGCCAUAAAUGUUCUGUGAACCAACGAAAAAUACAAAUACUUGAAUUCUUUAACAGAGAACUGCCAGAAACUAAACAAAAUUACAGCCAUUAAAUGCUGUGUGACUCGUAUUCAUGUUAAUCCAAUGACGCUUACUAAAUCUUUAUUAAACUAAACUAUUAGUCUAAUCUUCCGCAUCGGUAGGUGGACUCAUGUUGCUGAGAGCAUUAAAUCCCCAAAAACAGAAACACAAACAGAUCAGAUACAGAGACAGAGCGCUAGUUAAAUGCAGAUGUGCCGAUUCGAGGAGGUUCCACAAAGCUAACCCUAAUCUUAUGACUACUAAUUUAAAUUCAAUUUGUAAUUCAAUAAUAUUGGCGAGGGUAUAGUCCUCGCGAGCCGUAUAUUCCGAAAACCUAUUGUAUUCAAUAAAAUUUUGUGAGAAAAUGCACAACAAAAGCGGGA